AUGAGGCUUCGCUUCAAGCGUCAGGACAGUGCUAACAGCUGCGAUGCCGGCAAACUUUUCUAUCGUUGUUCCAUAGGUGCCUAUGCUGGAUGUUGUUCCACUAAUCCGUGUGACACCGGAAUUUGCGGCGAUGACAGUGACGGCGAUCGUACUACUGCUACCUCGAGCAGCCCCAGCACAACUGAUAGUACACCCUCUUUGACUGCCACCGCUUCGAAGUCUUCGGUGGCCACCCCGCCUACAUCAACAAUAACACGUACUGGUUCAUUAGAGCCACCAUCGACGUCUUCCACUAUCCCGCCGACCUCUACGUCGACUUCAGCCCCCUCAUCUUCCACUCUUCAGCCAAGCAAUGGCUCCCAAGCACCAAUUGGCGCAAUUGUUGGUGGGGUCCUUGGUGGUUUGGCAGCGCUCGCUCUACUUGCUGCCCUUCUUUGGUUUUGUUUACAGAGGCAGUCCAAGCUACGGAUAAAGAUCAGACUUGACAAGAAAAUAGAUGAAACGAGAGAAAAGGAGCUUCUCGAAGCAGAGGCCGCCAUCCUUGAGCGCGAGAAGUUUCUCGAUGCAGCAAAACAUAGGGCAGAGCCAGAAGCGCAGAGUGGAGAUCCAUUUGCUGAAUAUGGAGGUUUUAAUCGUGAUAACAACAAUACCGCUACUAGCAGACCAGCAGACUAUCGUCAUCAGCAACCUACGCGACCCCUAGAUUCGGUCUCGAUGGUUACACCAUCACAAGGACCACCACCAACCAUUAUCACCACGCCGGCGCAUCCAUCGACUUCUCUGGCAAUGCAGCAAAACAGCAUGCCUCUUUCAUCAAUUUCUGAGAAGGAGAACACUGAGAGUAUUCCGAUCCUUGAUGGAAACGAGAUCAUACUCAGCGAACUAGCUGUGGACACCAACCAGGCCGCUCUGGAUCAGCAAGCGCCAGCGCACAACGGCAUGGUGUCCACCCAAACAGUGCUUCAUACUGAUCGUCUAGCUACAUCAAGAGGCCGACAGGUCACGAGUUCAGCCAGAAUUCUUCGUGCGCACUCGACCGAUUUCUCUUCUAUUUCUUCCACUUCUAAUACAAAUUCAUAUGCUAAUACAGCCUCCCCUGUUUCGCCUACACAGCUGAAGGACUCCGGGGCUCCAGAUGGGGUAGUGAUGCGAAGCAACCUGAAUGGGUCGUGGAAUAGAAGAGCACGACAAGGAAGCAUGCGGAAGCAUGUGAUGAGCUUUAUGGAAUACGACACGGAAAACGAUAGUCUCAGCAGCAGCCGAAGGAGCAGUUUGAGGGUACCAGUGAAGGCAUUUCAGGCGGGCGAUCAGGGCAGGUGA